CAGAACAAAUUUCAGAGCAAUUUACAGCUGCCUAGAGUGACUAACUUGUGAACUAUAGGCUCUCAGUCGAGUAAGUCUUCAGUGAAACCAAUCAUUGCUUUAGCGUACGUCAGACACCCGGGUACUAGUAUUCAGUUGACUCGGUUGACGCAAGGUUGUGAUGGACAACUUCGACGACUACAGACCGUGUCCGGAUGGAAAGAAGAUUGAUCGCACGAUUGUCCUAAUGGGUCGGACAGGCAAGGGCAAGUCCACUCUGGCAAAUGUCAUUGCCGGUCGAUACAAGGGUGACUUGUUCCCAGAGUCAAGUUCUCCGACCAGUAAGACCGAGGGCUUGCCGACUAAGACAGUCCUCGUGCCGUACGCUGGUCGCGACUACGCAGUGAAGAUCAUCGACACCAUCGGAUUCUGCGACAACCGCUUCACCGAGGAGCAGGUGCUACUGGAGCUUGCGCAUUUGGCACACACGUGCAGUGGUGGGAUCAACCAGAUCAUCUUCGUCACCAAUGGCCGAUUCACCCAGGAAGAGCGACAGGCCUCCGAUUCCGUCAUUGACGUGAUCUUUCAGCCGCAAGUGGCACCUUUCUGUACCCUGGUUCGCACGAGAACGCCGGGUGGGGAGCUGCGAGAAGACGUAAUCUCGGCCAAGACGAAGGCCUACAAGAAGGAGUCGAUCGCUCUGCACUCCAGCCUGGGGCGCAUCAACACUUUCCUCAUGGUCAGCAACCCAGACGACGGCGAUGACCACAGUUACGAAGUACGCAGGAGAACUCGAAAGCGUAUGAUCGAGCAUAUCAUUUUACAUUAUCAGGCUGUCUACGUUCCACCUCUGUUUGCCGAAGUCAAGGGCAGGAUCAAUGGCCAUAUUCAGCAGAAAACCGCGACUGAGCGCAAACUCCAGCAGCUGGAGGAGGACCUGGAGGCGGCGCGCAUCAGCAAGGAGGAUUACGAGAGGGAGAACGCUAAGGAGCUGGCAGAGCUCGCGCGCAUCAAUCGCGAGCUUGCUGGAAAAGUCAAGAAAGAAAUGCCGUGGUGGAAAAAAGCCGUGAAGGCGCUGGGAGUAGUAGCUAGCACAGUUUUAUUGGGCCCAGCAGGAGGCGCAGCAGUCGGCGCCGCGCUUUCGUCUUGGUAGCUUGUGUAGCUGGUCUCCUCAGGCUCAGGUUCUCACCGCGGUUUGAAUUAUAAUUCUAGCUGGAAAACACCUGUCAAUCAUCUCAUUGAUGAUGGUGAAGAUUGUGAAAUUUGUGGUCUUCCCUGGCCCUAAUAUGUAUCCUGCCUCCUAGAGAGUUAUUGAGAGAAACGAAUGACUAGUAAUGUACAUAAUAAUAGAUCUCACAUGAUUCGACCAAGAACCAUUCCUUCAGGUACAUGUACAUGUACAUGUACACAAUGUACCUUCGCCGCCGCUUUGUGCAGUUUAUUUGCUCUGUAGAUCCACUCCUGUUUGGAAUCCGUAGAAGCAUUUUUGAUUGCCCCUCGUAAUGUAAGUAGUAAUGUGACAGGAGAUAACAGCGUGUUCAUAACGUUAGCAGGUAGUGUUAGUAUGGCACGCUGAUACGAACAGUAGACUACGCAGUUGAACUUCAGGACAAAAUGGCGUUUCUCUCACCUGCUCUUACAUGAGAUCUAGAUUUAGUUUUCUGUCCAACUGAUCACAAGAUUAAAAUUAUUUUAUAGGAAAGAAAAAAAGGAUAAAUCCUUGGCUCUCCAUCCGAGUCCAUUAUUAUAAUAGUAUUAUCACAUUUGUUUCGUUUCACAUGUACAUGUACAUAUACAUCGUACAGGUGCUACUGGUA